AUGGUAGCUUUACCAGACUGGCCCGUUUUUGUGCAGCUUCAACAUGAUCCAGAUAACUCUGCACCUUCUCGUCGUCAACACUCUGACCAGAUAGAGGAAGCCUCAUUGUUGCUAGGCCUUCAGAGGGAGAAGAUUCUAUCGGUGCAGACAACAGAGAUUACUGAAAAAGAGGCUAUAUUGGAAUCUCCCUAUCAAGAGAAUGGUAAUGGGGAGGAAGAACCAAGACCCAUAAUAAGUCAUGCAGAUAACAGUCUCUGUGAUCUUCCCAAUGACAACAAGACUGGAGCAGACCUUCCUGACAACAAACCUCAGGAUGAAACACAAACACAUACAGAGAACAACACCUUGGAGUCCCCACAGAGCCAACAGCCAAGGGAGCUUGACUCCCAGACAGGGGACACAGUGAUGGAAGUGGAUGCAGCAGACAACAGCGACGAGAGGAACAGCAUAGAUGAAAAGUCUCAGAUAGAAGAGAGGGAUAAAGAAGAGGAGAGGAGUUGUGAGAGCAUUGAGAUGGUUCAGACUACAGAUAAACCCAAGGAGAAUACAGAGGAAAGUUCAGCUCUAGAUGAACAUAUCGAGGAGAAAAUGGAAACAAGUUCUCAAAUGCCUGGACAAGAACAAAGGUCUUCAAGCUCAUCUAUGCCAGAAAACUCAUCUAACAUGUCAUUAAACAAGUAUAAAAGCUUGCCAGGAGUUAUAUCAUUUGAAGAUAUGAACAAUGAUGGCAAAUCUAUUGUAUCAUUGCAAGAAUCUGAUGAACAAGAGAAAUUACCAGCUGAGGAUGAAUGUGUUACAUCAAAAGAAAUUGAAGUGGAUGGAGGUAAAUUUAGUUCUGAAUCAGAAAGUAGCCAGAAACCACCUGAAUGCCACAAUACCAACAAAUCAGAAGAAGUCCUGAAGGGAAUUGAAAAAGAUUCCUUCGAUCAUCAGAAAAGGGUAUCUGUAGAAUUUGAAGAGGAGGAAAGUCAGAAUGAAAGUAUUGAUGAAGAAAAUGAUGGGAGGUUAUUCAUAGAUACUGGAGGAGAGUCAGGGGAUACUGAAGGUGAAGAAUUGUCAGUGAAAAAGAAAGCUCAGUAUGUUGAAUCUCCACUGGCAGCUGGAAAACUCUCUAGUCAACAGCAUACUGAUUCUCCAUUACCAGAAGAGGAAGUUCAAGAUCUGCAGAGAACAGUGCAAGAGUCAGCAAGAGAAACAUCCUCCAGGAAUAAAGCAACUGCAGAAAAUACUGACAUGGUUUUAUCAGAUAAGGAGGUCAUGUUAGAUAGUGUAGAUCCAGAGCCAUCCCAGAAUAGAUCUGAAAUGAGUCCAAUGGAAGUAGUACCAACUAGUGUAGAUUUGAUAACCACUGAAGGAUCCAGACUGAAUGCUACAAAGACUCCUCUAGGAGCUGUCAUCAAAGUUGAGCAGAUUGAUGAGGGGUAUGGGGAUUCUCAGACAGGAGACAUUCUUGAUAUCCUGCACAAGUCAGAUAAGCCACCCCAAAAGCGUAAACACAAUGAUACCAGUGACAAAAGUUUACCAGAGACUUUGUCAUUUGAACCCACAGAGGUUGCCAAGAGAGUGAAAAAAGAACCUGUAGAUAGAUUUGAGUCAUCGGAAUCAAGCUGUUCAUUAAAUACUUCUGCUGUAAAAGAUGCUUCUUCUAGGCCUCAAGGAACUGUGACUUGCACAGUGUCAAACAGUCUUCUACAGCUCAGUAAGCAGGUGGACAAUAUAUCAACAAGGCAGACUCGACACAUGGCACCUACAGUGAGCAUGCCUUCUUCAGUUUACCCUUCACAGCAGUCCUCUUUACUACGACAUCAGCUGAACUCGGGAAUAAGAUUUCCACCACAGGUGUCCAGGAUUUCUAUUCCUUUUGUCAGAGCUCAACAGCCAGCUGGGAAAGCAUUACCAGCACCUAUUCAAUCUGAUCCAAGGAUGAGGCCAGCCGUUUCUCAACCAUUCACAGUUACCUCCGCUACUAGAGGAAUUAUGGGUAGACCCCCACAGAGUCGGCCAGUUAUGAUCACCACACAAACAAAAACGGCACCUUCUCUACUGAACUCCACUUCCACGAUGCGAUACAGACUUGUUCCACAUGCUGGAGGCCAUACUUUGAUGUCUACUUCCAACUCCUCCACUGUUACUAAGCCAUCAGUGGUUGUUUCAUCAGCAAGCAGUAGCCAGAGUUCCUCCACAUCCAUUCAUGAUUCUUUGCCUUCCUCCUCUAUCAAUAUUGAUACAGUGGGCAUGCAAACCAUAACUGAACUUAUUGCAAGAAAGAAUCCAUUGCCAAACUACAAAGUUGCACCUGUUCCACCAGAUAUCAAAGUGAAUGCAUCUGUGUUCACCUGUUAUGAGUGUGGAGAUACCUACCGCUUUUCGACAAGCCUAGAAACCCAUCGUGGAAGAUGCAGCAUGAAAAUUGCCUACAAAUGUGAGGAAUGUAAAAGCAUGAAGAUAUUUUUCAACAAGUGCCAGUUUUUAAGUCAUCUGCGAGGUCAUCUGAACAUUGAGCAGACCCAAGCAGUCCCUAUUCACAUUAAAUCUGAUUCCAUAUCCAUUGAACCACUGCCUAAAUCCCACCAACAAGUGUUCUUUCAAAAGUUUUCUGUUUCCAAAAAGACAAAUGUUCAGAAAGUUACCAAGAGGUGUUCAGAAUGUGGAGUUGCAUGCAGUCAGGCAGAUUUUGAAAAGCAUUUUCUGGGGGAGAUAAACCCAAAUGGAAGUGCCCUGUCUGGAAAGUGGAAAUGUGUUCCCUGUAAGCUCCAUUUUUCCUCCAUUUGUGCACAGAGAGCACAUAUAAGAUUGCAUAAGGAAGAAGAACUGGACAAAAAGUUCACCUGUCCAGAGUGUGGGAUUGACCAAUCGGGGCUCAUGAUUGGAGACCAGCAAUUUACAGAUUACGAGGAAAAACUCAGUUACCAUGUCUUAAAUGUGUGCUUUCAUUUAGAUAAAACUAAUUUAGUAGCCUGCUCGAAAUGUAAUGCAGAGUUUACUAGUGUAAGGGAAUUCAAAAUACAUUAUUUCAAAAAGUUGGAACAGUAUUUUAAAUGCAGCAUAUGCCCAAUGGCUUUCAGGCAGCAGGAUUCAUUUACCAAACACUUAUCCUCACAGCAUGUGGAUAUUCAGAAUUUAAGCUCUAACAAGAAAAGGAUGGAUGUCUUUAAAGUGAUCUAUAGAUGCCAUGUCUGCGACAGUUUGAUUGAUGAUAAAUCUGUGCUAGAGAGUCACCUGACACAACAUGUGGUAACCAAGGGAGUAGUCUACAAAUGUAACGAAUGCACGGAAUUUUUCUGGAAGUCAGAGGAGCUGGCUACCCAUUUCAAAGCCAAGCAUGAUGAAAAAUCCAAGCUCAUGAUGUGCCAUAAGAAUUGUGACAGAACUUUUGACAGCUGGAAAUCAUUGCUUCGCCAUAUGUUACGCGAUACCCAUGAUGCUCCACAAAAUUCUACUUUUCAGUUUUGCGGAGGCUGUGGAUUUUUUUACGAUCAAAGCGAAUGUGAAGGAGGUCAUGUUUGUUUGAGCUCAAAAACCGGGAAAUUGGUUGUUAAUAAGUACCCUUAUUCCUGCAAAAUAUGCAGUAAACGGAAGUUUUUCAUUUAUUCUGAACUGUUGAAUCAUUUGGAAAGCCACCAGGGCAAAGGAUAUUUAGUGUGUAAAUAUUGCCAAAGUUUUGAUUUUCCAUCCAAAGAGGGAUUAAUAACUCACGAGAGUAUAUGUUCUAAUCGAAAAUCUCCAUUCAAACCAGCUAUCCUGAGAAAGAAAAAAAACGUCAACUCAAGUUCCAACCACGUUGAGAAAAUGGAUGAAGAUGUAAAGCAGAGUCCUGCAGAGGAUGUUUCCGAGCCUUCUUUCUUGUGUGUUGAUUGCAGUGAGAUUUUCAGUUCAAAAGCUGACCUUAAUAAUCACCGCAAAGAAGUACACAGUUAUCUAUUUCCUUGUCAUUUGUGUGGAUUAACAUAUGAAUCUCAACAGAGCCUACGCAAGCACCUCAGAGUAUCCCAUGAAGGAAAAGCUCAUGUAUACCCAUGUUUGAUUUGCAGGAAGAAAGGUAUCCGAAGGAUCUUUACAAAUGUUUCGGUUUUAGAAAAACAUCUAGCCUCUAAACACAGAGUGAGUAAGAAUCAAAUGAGUUCGAGCAUUGUAAAUGAAUUUGCAGAAGAAGAGGAUGAUGUCCCCAAUCCUCCACCCAAAUCAAUCAAAUCUACGUCGGAGCACAGUGAGUUAACCUCAAAGACAGACUCUCCUGUCAAACGUUUGCACAUCCAGGGAGACCAAGUUUUCAACUGUGCAAAGUGCAGGUUCGGUUGCGAGGACAGGUCAGAGUUUCUAGAGCAUCUAAAGGUUCACAAAAUUGAUAACUCUGUUCAGUGUUUAGAAUGUGGACUUUGUUUUGCAAUCAUUCCCUCUCUAAGGAAGCACCUGUUUAUGGUUCACAAAGUGAAGGACUUUGAGGAAUACUGCCAAAAAGAGGGCAUUGUUGUGAAGGAGGAGGAGGAGAUUGAGGAAGAGGAGUCAGAAGGGACCUCCUACACCAGCCCAGCUGAGGAGUCGGACCAGGAGGACAGAGACCCUCUCGAAUGCCGCGUUUGUUACCGCACAUUUGAAGAUGAGAACAAACUGCGGGCUCACAUGAGGAGUCAUGGAAUGGCGUUUAUUAGAAACAAGCGCAAGGAAAAAGCAGUACAAAGGUCAAGGCAGUCUGCUUCUAUUUCUAGUGUGAAAAGUGAAACCCCGAGUGAAAAUAGCAAUGCAUCAUCCUCAGACGCAAAAUAAAAAUGUUGUGUUCUUAAUGUGGUAGAAGAGCUUUGAAACUUA